AAUACAUUACCUCGAUCUAAACCCUCGUUCCUCUCAAAAAUCCCAACGAUGGCGGCAGCAGCUCGAAGAAAACCUCGAGGCGGCGGCGACGUCAUGGACUCGAUCUACUCCGUCGUCGCCCUCGUCCUCAUCCUCGUCGCCUGCGUCGAGCUCGGCGACGCCGCCACCGCUGUCGACGUCUACCGCCUCAUCCAGUACGACAUCGCCGGAUCUCCCUUCGGAUCGAGGCACGCCGCCCUCAACCACCACGCCGGCGCUUCUCCGUUCGAUUCAGGCGUCGAUCUCUCGAGAACCGUGCUGAUCUUGCCUGUUCGGGACUUGAAUCUCACUUCUCUCAAGGAGUACAUUACAAAUAAGCAGCCAUUGGGAGGCUUGUUGCUUUUGCUUCCUCGAAGAUCCAGUGAUGAUUCAAGUGAAGAUGGGCUGUCAAGGAACAUAUUGGUUGAGUUGGAACAGCUGCUCAUACAUGCUAAUAUUCCUUAUCCAGUAUAUUUUGCUUUCGAGGAUGAGAAAAUAAAUGCUGUAUUAGCUGAUGUUCGGAGGAGUGAGGCUGCUGGUCAGCCUGCCACGGCAACUACUGGCGGAUACAAGUUCGUUGUUUCGACAUCAGAACCUAGGAAAGUUACUUCUCCCACCAUCACAAAUAUUCAGGGAUGGUUGCCUGGGCUGAAAGGAAAUACAGAUGCUAAGCAGCUGCCAACAAUUGCUAUAGUUGCAUCAUAUGACACUUUUGGUGCUGCUCCGGCACUUUCCGUAGGAAGUGAUAGUAAUGGAAGUGGAGUCGUAGCUCUAUUAGAAAUAGCAAGACUUUUCUCUGGGCUUUACUCAAAUCCCAAGACCCAAGGGAAGUAUAACCUUCUUUUUGGAUUAACAUCUGGUGGACCUUAUAACUACAAUGGCACACUUAAGUGGCUCAGGAGCUUUGAUCAGCGCUUACGAGAGAGUAUUGACUAUGCUAUAUGUUUGAAUAGCAUUGGCUCCUGGAACAAUGAGUUAUGGAUGCACGUGUCAAAGCCCCCAGAAAAUGCAUACAUAAAACAAGUGUUUGAUAGUUUGUCUGAUGUUGCUAAAGAGAUGGGAGUUACUAUUGGUAUAAAGCACAAAAAGAUAAAUAUUUCAAAUUCAAGAGUCGCAUGGGAACAUGAGCAAUUUUCGAGGGUUAGAGUAACUGCUGCAACUCUAUCUGAGCUUCCUGCUGCGCCUGAAUUAUUUGAGAGGACUGGAGGUCUAUAUGAUACCAGGGGUGCAGUUGAUGAUAGAGCAGUUCACAAAAGUGUCAAACUAGUUGCUGAGAGCCUAGCGAGACAUAUUUAUGGACAUAAAGGCAAAGAUAUCCAGAUUUUUGCGGAUAAUAGUAGCUUGGCGAUAAAUUCUGCAUACAUGAACUCAUGGAUGGAGCUUUUGUCUCGGACACCUCGAGUGGCACCAUUUCUCUCAAAGAAUGAUCCAUUUAUUUCAGCCCUGAAAAAGGAAUUGUCGGAUCAUACCGUUGAUUUGCAUGUACAACACGAGAGCCUUGAUGGAUUAUUCAGUUUCUAUGAUUCAACAAGAGCGACACUCAACAUAUAUCAGGUUGCUAGCGUAACCUUUGAUCUCAUUUUAUUGCUCGUGCUGGGGUCAUACUUGAUUCUCCUGUUCUGUUUCCUUGUCAUCACAACAAGGGGACUUGAUGAUCUUAUCAAUAUGUUUCGUCGCCCACCCACUCGUAAAGUGAAGGGAGCAUGAGCAUAGAAAUUUUCGUGUUCACUACACUACCAAGCGGAGAGGCUAGUUCUAGGUUAUUGUGAGUAGAUAUAACCUCGAUUUGUACAAUAUCCUUGGCUGAGGAGAUAAAGCAUGUUCAGAUUAUUUAUUCACUCAUCACUAGAGUUUAAAUUAGCAAGAGAAAUUUUGACUAUGAAGUACUACUGUAAAAGCUUCCUCUCCUUUCCGUCGGUAUUUAUAAGAAUCAGUAAGAAGGAUUCAAACAGAGCCAGAUGAAAUGGAUUGUACAAUAUCCUCAGUGGAGGAGAUUAAAAGUUUUUUUGAUUGUUUAUUUAUGACAAUUUAUUACUAGUAAGCAAAGAAGGGUGAAUGCGCUUCUAGCUUUCUAACUGGAUCAAUGUAUUCACUUGCUGGCCUUCAACAAAUAUAUACUGACAUCGGAGACAA